AUGUCUUUACAAUGUGAGCAAAAGCAAUGCAAAACUAUUCCGAGUUUUAUAUGUGCAUGCUCAUUGAAAGGGCAUUUAUUUUGUAAGGUGCAUAUUACUGAGCAUAUAGAAAGCAUUCCAGGCCUUCAACAUAAAGGGGUGUCCUUAUUUUUUGGUAACUCUACUAAAAAUAUUUGCAAAUUUGAGGACAUCCUACCUAGAAAAGGCAGCAUUUAUAUCAAGAUAGAUGAUAAUAUCGAUCGAUCUUUAAAUUCUGCCAUCAAUUAUGUUGGAAUUAUUAUUCAAUCUCUGAAUGUUUACAAUCGAAAAUUCCCUUCAGCCUAUUCACCAACUCUAGAGUCACAGAAUUUAUUCCCAAGUACUCAAUUCCCAUCCCCAUCUCUUAGCCCUACUUUCCAAGAUCUUUUCUAUAAAAUUUCUAUAGUUCUCGCUACUCAUAUUCUUCGAAUAGGAGAUAUUUCUUCCCUCAAAGCAAGCUAUAUCAAUAAAAUCAAUUUUAUAAACCAGAAAGAAAUUUUAAAAUACUUUAAAAGCUUAGGAACUGAAGAAUUACAAGAUAAACUACUUAUCAUUACUUUAGAGUCAAGAGAGCAUAAAAGCAUAAAAUAUGCUUCCAGUAACGCAAUAACAAUUUUGAAUUAUUCCAAAUAUAAAUUCAUUGAUAAAGAUUUGCAUGGCAUCAAAAUUAAAGGCGCAGAUCUCUCAGAAGCACUCAUAAUAAAUUCUAAUUUCCAAGGAAGCAAUCUUAAAAGAGUAGAUUUUUCUUUCGCAAAUAUUUAUGAUACAAAUUUCAAGGACUGCAAUUUAACAGAUGUAUGAUUCGGGCAGUAUCCUCCAUUUAAAAAUAAAAUAACUGACUGGAAUACCACUUUUGCCUGAAAUAAGGACUACUUGGCUUCUAUUGAUAAUAAUGCUGUAUUUUUGCAAGAUAUUAAGACUGGGUGUGUUUUUAAAGAAUUCAAACAUAAAGAAAUCAUAAAAAUAGUUGCUUUAUCAGAGAACGGAUCGCUGCUUGCAAUUGCUGAUAAAUGUAAUAUACUUCACAUAUGGGACAUUAUGAAUGAUAAUAAAUUAGCAGAGCUACAAGAACCAACACAUUGAGUGACUUCUAUUGCAUUUUCUCCGAAAGGAGGUUUAGUCGCUGCUGGAAGUCGUGAUGGCUUCUUAAGAAUAUGAAAUAUUGCUACAAGUUCAAUGAUAAGUUCAUUCACCUAUUAUUCUGUUUUAUUUUCAGUUGAAUAUUCUGCUUGUGGCAAAUACAUUGUUCUUGGCACUAUCUCUUUAGUGCUAGUUGUAUAUGCUGAAGAUAUAAAAAUAACUAAAUGCAGAUUCAAUCAUCCUCGAACUGCAACAGUUGCCUCAUUUUCUCCAUGCACUAGAUAUGUAAUAACUGAUUGAAUGAUUUAA